UGUUGUGUUAGUGUCACGUGAAUGAUGUCAUUGAGGGAUUUCAUUCAUUACAGGGAACCGUUGAUCUUAAUGUCAAAGGGGCAAAAACUUUAAGCUUGUCCUUGGUGGCUGAUGUGCAUUCAAUUUAUAUCCUAGUGUUAAUGAUAGAAAUUGUAGGGGUGACACUCUUGACACUGAACAUUUUCUUCUCUAGAUGACACCAUGAGCCUGGUGAUUGUUUUUCAUGAGCCUGGUGAUUGUUUUUCUUAUAAUAUUGCAACCAAAAAAAAGGGGGGUGGGGGGGUGAUGGAACAUUGACCUCUCUGAUGUUUGUAUUUGUAAAGGGUUUGGAAAAAAAAUGUCUAACAUGUUGAACGUUUGUUUUUUUUUGAACAAGUUUGAAUGGUCCUAGAAAUAUUGGAACCUUUUUGUAUAUAUUCACCUAGCUUUUAUAUAUCAUUACCAGCUAAAUUUCUGUGAUAAAAAGGAUUUGGGUAGCAACAGAGAGGUCUCUGAACCAGACUACAAAUAGGGUUUGUUAUUGCUAAAAAUUCAUGAGGAAGAAAGUAGGUAAUGUUUUACUCUGGUCGGUGUUGGCCAGUUCUACUGAUCUCCAUUUGAUAUCCCAACAGAAUCCACCAUCCUUCUAACUUUCACACCUUUCAGUGAAACUAGCUGUUGUCAUUUAAUUUUGAUUGUCCUUGAUUCGCACACACCCAUCCACAACCACCCAUCUUAGUUUCAUCAGGUCUUGUUGUUCUGGUCUCAAUGAGCACUCCUGUUUUUCAAUGGCCUGUUUAACAUAUGGGCAUGUCUCUCUCUCUGGAUUGAGUACUCCAGUUGUGGUUUUUUUUAUUGUCUUGCAAUUAAGCUAGCAGACAGUUGCGCUACAGCACUUACCAGUUUAUUCACACACUGAAUAGUAGGCGCAGGAGGAUAUUUCCUUCUCGGCACAUAGUGUGAUUAAAUUUGUGUGCACCAGAGCCACCAAUGACUUUAUAAAGUGUCUUGGAUUUCCAUAAGAUGGGUUGAAAAUGCAGUUACAUGUGAUGGGGAAAUGGCUUACUGAUGGAAAGGAUAUAAAUGUUUUAAUUUGAAUACUGUAAACUAAGUAUUUGAUUGUUAAAUAUCUUGUUAGCUAUUGAUGUCUUAUUUCGUUUUUUUUAUUUCAUAUAAAAUGAUUGUCAAUUUAAAGGUAAAGAUUUAACAAAGAACCUCAAUGUUUUAAUUGAAAGAGUCCUUUGCUGACUGCCUGCCCCUAUUGCUGGCCAUGGUGUCCCCCCUUUCCAAGAGUGUGGUUUGACCAUUCUGGGCCCCUGGGCAGACCAAAAAAGGGAGCCAUUGUGAAUGAAGACCGCUUUUCCCAUUAGGCCCAGGCCGGGUGGUGAGGAUGCCAUGGGGUUAGGAACAGAUGUGGGUUCAGCUCUUAUAGGUGGAUAUGGGCGCUGGGGAAGAGACAGAUAUGGUCCUCCGAUAAGGACAGAUUAUCGACUCAUUGUUGAGAAUCUUUCCAGCCGUUGCAGCUGGCAGGAUUUGAAGGACUACAUGAGGCAGGCAGGGGAGGUGACCUACGCUGACACCCACAAGGGCAGAAGGAAUGAGGGGGUGAUUGAGUUCAGGCUGUACUCUGACAUGAAGAGAGCUCUGGAGAAGCUCGACGGAACCGAGGUGAACGGUAGAAAGAUCCGGCUCAUCGAGGACCGCCCUGGAGCCAAACGCAGGCGCUCUUAUUCUCGCAGUCGCAGCCGUUCCAGGUCUCGCUCCAGGAGCCGCAGGUCUCGUAAGAGCCGCAGCCGUAGCGAAAGCAGCAGUCGCAGCCGCUCCCACUCCAGAGCGGCAUCCCGCUCCCGCAGCCGUUCUCGUAGCAAGAAGAAUAAGGGAAAGGGCAAGAAGGAUGAAGAAGAGCGCAGCAACGGCGCUCCGAAGAACAAGGACCGCAGCAGGAGUCGCAGCCCCAAGAGCAAAAAGAUCAAGAAAGACGGGAAGAAGGGCAAGAAGGAUGAGUCCAGGUCCAGAUCUCGCUCUAACUCCAGGUCUCGCUCUAGAUCUGGAAUGAAAGAUCGCUCUAGGAAAUCUGGCUCAAAGGGGCGCGAGCAGGCCAAGAGCGAUGACGAGGGAGGCGAGCCCGAGAGGGGCUCUCGCUCUCGUUCCCGCUCUCCUGAUGAAUCCAAAUCCAGAGCCAGGUCUAAAUCAAAGUCCAAAUCCAAGUCCCGUUCCCCCUCACCCACCAAAGCCCGCUCCCACUCCCGCUCCGCCUCCCGCUCAGAGUCCCGCUCCAAAUCUCGCUCCCAGUCUCGUUCUCGCUCCCGUUCCCGCUCUUAGUUCAGAUUUUGGACUGUUUGUCAUGAGCCCUAAUCCCACCGUCUCCCUCGGCCCUCAAUUUACAUUCCCCGAACCCCACAACACUACCCCUGCCUCCUGUUUUUUGAUAAGUAGCUGUAGAAUACGUGGCACUCUACUCGACGUCUUUAUGCACAUGCUACUCCAUUUCAUUUGACUUUUACUCUGCCUAUUUUUUCAUUAGCGCUGUCUUGUAUGGAGGUGUUUGUAAAAUAACAGGGUUCAGUUUUAUAAGUUUCAAUGAUGGUAUGGUAAGUGUCUUAGCCUUUUUUUAAUCAAACGUAGAAGCAUACUGUUUUGUCAAAUUGCCAGGUGGGAAUAUGUUCUGACAUCACCUCACCUUUUGUGAAAUUCCUUGUAUCAUUUUAUUUCAAAUUAAAAAAAAAAGGAAAAAAAAGUGUGUUCUA